AGCGUCUUCGGCGGCCGCGGCGGCAGCGGCAGCGGCAGCAGCUCGGGCACACACACACCUCGAUGCCAGCGGCUGGGACGCGGCUGGGUUGGAGCCCGUGAGCGAGCAGCCGGCGCAGGGAGAGAGAAAGAGACACACACACACACACACACACACACACACACACACACACACACACACACACAGACACACACAGAGGACAUGUAACCCGUUCGGCUCCGGGUUUCGAGGUGCGUAAUCCCCAUCUGGAGAAGCGGGUGCCGCCGCGGGUGUCGCUACAGGUGAUCGGAUCCCUCCCUGCGGUGGGAGCUUGGCCAGUUGGGUCGAUUGCAAGAUCGUCUUCUUUCUUGCUCUUUAGGACUUUUCUUUUUUCUUUUUUCUUUUUUUUUUCGGGGUGCCAAUCUGGUGCCAGGGUGGGCGAUCAAAGUCUUCCCAAGACCCCGCUUUUAAAAAAAAAGUGACUCCUCCCGGUCCUCUCCUCUCCUGCGCGGCGCUGCGAGGCCAAUGCGAGCCAUGGCUCAUCCGUUACUCUUCUUCUGCCUCCUGUUCGUCCCGGUGGGAUUGGGACUUGCUAGCAUCGGCCGCGACCCUUCGGGACGGCACGAGCCCCCUCGAGAGAAGACCCCCAAGGGGAAGCAGCCGCAGAUGCCGCUGCCUGGGGGAGACUCUGCCUCGGACCCCUCUGCACCCUGGAGCCGCUCCACCGACGGGACCAUCUUGGCGCAGAAACUGGCCGACGAGUUGCCCACGGACGUGGCCUCUUACCUCUCCACCGGGGACCCUCGGCAGCUCCAACGAGCCAACUGCUCCGGCCGCUACGAGUUAGCGGGCCUGCCGGGGAAGUCGCCCGUUUCGGUCGGCUCCCAUUCCUCUUUGCAAGGGGCGCUGGACUCGCUGACACACGCCACCAACUUCCUCAACAUGAUGCUGCAGAGCAAUAAGUCGCGCGAGCAGAACUUGCAAGACGACCUGGAGUGGUACCAAGCGCUGGUGCGGAGUCUCGUGGAAGGCGAGCCCAGUAUUUCCCGGGCAGCCAUCACCUUCAGUCCGGACUCAGUGCCCGUGCCCACGCCGCGGGUCUUCCUCCAGGCCACGCGCCACGACAGUCGCAUCCUGCUCCAGGACCUGUCCGCCUCCGCGCACCAGCUGGCCAACGCCUCGCAGGACACCGAGUGGUUCCACGGGCUCCGGCGCAAGUGGAGGAGCCACUUGCACCGCCGCGGUUCCAACCCGGGGUCCCGGGGAUUGGGUCAGAGCUGGAGGCGCAAGGAUGGAGCUGGAGGGGACAAGAUCCACGUCAAAUGGUCCCCGCCGUAUCUGGAGUGCGAGAACGGGAGCUACAAGCCCGGAUGGCUGGUCACUGUCUCCGCCGCCUUCUACGGCUUGCAGCCCAACCUGGCACCGGAAUUCAGGGGUGUCAUGAAAGUUGACAUAAAUCUUCAGAAAGUGGAUAUUGACCAAUGUUCAAGUGAUGGCUGGUUUUCCGGGACACAUAAAUGUCAUCUUAACAAUUCGGAGUGUAUGCCUAUUAAAGGCCUAGGAUUUGUGCUUGGAGCUUAUCAAUGUAUUUGCAAAGCAGGAUUCUAUCAUCCCCGAGUCUUCUCUGUGAAUAACUUUCAGAGAAGGGGUUCGGAUCACCAUUUUGCAGAAAGUUCGAAAGAUGUCUCGGAAGAAGCCUACCUUUGCCUGCCCUGCAGAGAGGGCUGCCCCUUCUGUGCUGACGACAGCCCUUGUUUCGUCCAAGAGGAUAAGUACUUGAGACUUGCUAUCAUCUCCUUCCAAGCCCUGUGUAUGCUGCUGGAUUUCGUGAGCAUGAUGGUGGUCUACCACUUUCGCAAAGCAAAGAGCAUCAGAGCAUCAGGCCUUAUCCUAUUGGAAACAAUUCUUUUUGGAUCCCUGCUUCUAUACUUUCCGGUUGUUAUUUUAUACUUUGAGCCGAGCACAUUUCGCUGUAUUCUCCUGAGAUGGGUUCGUCUUCUUGGUUUUGCCACUGUGUAUGGAACUGUCACUCUCAAGCUUCACAGGGUUUUGAAGGUGUUUCUCUCACGAACAGCCCAACGAAGUCCCUAUAUGACUGGUGGACGAGUUAUGAGGAUGCUAGCAGUGAUACUCUUGGUAGUAUUUUGGUUUCUUGUUGGCUGGACAUCAUCAGUUUGCCAGAAUUUGGAGAGGCAGAUGUCACUUAUUGGCCAAGGGCAAACAUCUGAUCACCUCAUCUUCAAUAUGUGCCUCAUUGAACGCUGGGAUUACAUGACAGCAGUUGCUGAAUUUUUAUUCCUCUUGUGGGGAGUUUAUCUCUGCUAUGCAGUGCGGACAGUCCCAUCAGCAUUUCAUGAGCCACGCUACAUGGCUGUUGCAGUUCACAAUGAGCUCAUUAUCUCUGCUAUAUUCCAUACAAUUAGAUUUGUUCUUGCCUCAAGACUUCAGUCUGAUUGGAUGUUGAUGCUGUAUUUUGCACAUACUCAUUUGACUGUGACAGUCACUGUCGGGUUGCUUUUGAUUCCAAAGCUCAUAUACUAUCUAUUGCAGUUUUCACAUUCAAGCAAUAACCCACGUGAUGAUAUCGCUACUGAAGCAUAUGAAGAUGAGUUAGACAUGGGCCGAUCUGGAUCCUACCUGAACAGCAGUAUCAAUUCAGCCUGGAGUGAACACAGCUUGGAUCCAGAAGACAUACGGGAUGAGCUGAAGAAACUUUAUGCCCAGUUGGAAAUAUACAAAAGGAAAAAGAUGAUCACGAACAACCCCCACCUGCAGAAAAAACGGUGCUCCAAGAAGGGCUUAGGCCGCUCCAUCAUGCGGCGCAUCACAGAGAUCCCUGAAACGGUCAGCAGACAGUGCUCCAAAGAGGACAAGGAUGGUGCAGAACAUAGCUGUGCCAAGACCACUGCCCUGGCCAGGAAGAACGCGCCUGAGUCUUCGGGCCAUACUGGGAAGCCCAAGGAGGAGUCCCUGAAGAACCGGGUCUUUUCUGUGAAGAAGUCCCACAGCACAUACGACCACGUGCGGGAGCAAAUGGAGGAAUCGCACAGUUUGCAUGCAGAAAGCCAGGAGGAGGAGGGGACCGAAAAUUCCACCCUGGAGUCUGUGUCCACCAAAAGGCUCACACAGAAGCAGAAAGAAAACAGUGAAGGUGAGUCCACAGAGUCGGUGCCUUUGGUGUGCAAAUCUGCCAGUGCUCAUAAUCUCAGCUCCGAGAAAAAGCCAGGGCACCCCCGGAGCUCCAUGCUGCAGAAAUCUCUCAGUGUCAUUGCCAGUGCCAAGGAGAAGACGCUGGGCCUGGCUGGCAAGACCCAGGCUCCCGGUGUGGAGGAACGUGCUAAAUCCCAGAAAACUCUGCCAAAAGAUCAAGAGUCCAGCAGAAAAUACUCCAAUUCCGAUCACCCAGAGACUAAAGAGUCCGCAGCCCCUAACUCCAGCCACCUGGAGGAACAGAGGAAACCUCAGCGAUCUGGGAUUAUGAAGCCACAAAGGGUCACCCCCGCCCCUGCCAACCCGGACCCGAGCUCCUCCACUGUCCAGCCGAAGGACAACUUUGACAUAGGAGAGGUGUGUCCUUGGGAGGUUUAUGACCUGACCGCUGGUCCUGUGCCUUCAGAAUCAAAAGUCCAAAAACAUGUCUCUAUUGCGGCUUCUGAAAUGGAGAAAAACCCCACUUCCUCCUUAAAGGAGAAAUCUCAUCCCAAAUCAAAGGCAGCUCAGCCAUGUCCCCGGCCAAAUCAGAAGAGCAUAGACAAGGCCGAGGUGUGCCCUUGGGAGAGCCAAGGUCAGUCCCUGUUGGAAGAGGAGAAGCACUUGAUUUCCAAGAUUCAGGUUCCCGUGGGGAGAGUAAAAGAAGAAAAAGGCAAUCAGCAUUUGGCUACCAGUGUAUGUGUUGGGCAACCUGAAGAACUGAACCCCAAAGUUGUAGCAUCAAAAGCAGAUAAUGAAAAUCUUAACCAAAUAGGAGGCCAAAAAGAAAUGCUAUCUGCCUCAGAAGACACGGUGCCCAGUUCCUCUAACCCAUGUAAUAACUUGCAGCUAUCUUUGCUGUCCCGAGCUGAGGUGUGCCCAUGGGAGUUUGACACCUCAGAUCAACCAAAUGCUGAAACAAGUGUAGCUUUACCUGCCUCUUCCACUUUAAGUGCAAAUCAAACAGGAGGGCUUCAGAAGUAAGAAGUCUGGAUGCUUUUAAAAGGUAGCAUCUCUAGGAAGAAAACUUGAAUUUGGAUAUAAGACACAAGCUAUCAGGAUUGGAAAUUCCCAAGGUGUAUCUGAUAGGGGAAAUAUGAGCGGCAUGACCAGAAGACUAGGAGGGCAGAGUGCUAACGCCCUAGAGAGAAGGUUGACUGGCCAAGAAGUCUUUCCGGUGCUAACACUCGGGAAAUUGGCAUUUGAGCAUGUUUAGGGAGAGUAAACCCCAAUGUAUGCCCCAUCCAUAUUUAACCAUGGGACUUUGAAGAUCCUAGGCAAGGCAAAUCAGAAGACACAGAAGAGAGAGGAAAUUAUGUGAAAAAGCAGGUAUGAGACUGAAAUUCUAAGCUGUCUGAAAAGAACUCACUUUACCUAUUUAACCUUGAUAGCACUGCUAACUUAAUGCAUCCCCCAAAUAUCUUUUAUAUUACUGGUUGCUCUCAUUUUCUUAUAAAUGUAUGUAUGUUUCAGUA